GUCAGAUAACAUUGCGUUGCAUUAUGGGAUCUCCUUCUGACUAGGGACUGGAAAUUUUUUAAUGAUAUACAAGUUGUUAAUGCUAGUUUUAAUUACUAUUCGACUGCAAACGAAGUCUACAGCUAUUUUAUCUUCUUUUCAUUAAAAAUUCGCCGAUUGACACGAUCAAGGAAUCUGUAAAUACACUUUUGUUAUUGUCGCAUGCAAUAUGUAAAUUCUUUGGAAUAAUAACAAAAACAAGGGAAAUUUUUUUUUCUUUGUUUUAGGCAAUGGGCGGAAAUGUGAGCGCGGGGAAAAACAACGAAGAACUAAUUCAUAACCUCAUAAAAGCAAAUUAUAUAAAAGAUCGUCUUGUAGAAAAGAUCUUUUAUUCUGUUGAUCGUGGAGAUUAUUUUCAAGACGGACACAGAGAGCAUGCUUAUCGAGACACAGCAUGGAAACUAGGCCACUUGCACAUAUCGGCACCAUGUAUUUAUGCUGAAGUAUUGGAACAUCUUGACUUGCAACCAGGACACAGCUUCUUGAACAUGGGUAGUGGGACAGGGUAUUUAAGCACGUUGGUAGGUUUGAUUAUAGGUGCGACAGGGGUGAAUCAUGGUAUUGAAUACCAUAGCGAUGUUGUUGAUUAUGCCCGCGAAAGGCUUGAAUGGUAUAAACAGUAUGGCCAUGAAUUUGAUCGCUAUGAGUUAUGUGAACCUGAGUUUAUAAAUGGCAAUUGUCUUCUAUUAUCUGAAACAAAUAGAAGAUAUGACAGAAUAUACUGUGGAGCCUCUUGCAAUCUCUCAAAGGAAUCUUAUAUAAGAAACCUCUUGAAAGUUGGAGGCAUUUUAAUUAUGCCUCUAAAUGACAAUUUAGUUCGUAUUGUACGAAAGUCAGAAAAUGAAUUUUCCAGAACAGAUAUACUACCCGUUUCGUUUGCGUCCCUUAUACAACCCGAAAAUGAUGAAACAUGUGCUGAACUUGUCGAACUGCCCCCUUUUGAAACAUAUUCUCUCAAAGAAAUUUGUCGAUUUAAAAUCAGACAAUGCAUUCGUAAUAAGCUGAAUGAAACAAGAGCCCAAUUACAAUUGGUAGAGUACGAAAAACCAGCUCAAAAACUACAACCGUACGAUAGAAUCGAAAGGGCGGUUUGGAUUCGACAAUCACAAAGCGAUGAAGAAGAUAACGGAGAAAAUCAUGUUUCUCUUCAUGAAUUUCUUCAGUCAAUAUCAGAAAAUCGAAUGGAAGAAGAGUACGUAAACAAUCCUAAUGCAGCAAUGAGGGCUGAAGUAGAGGAUGAUGGCGAAAGCGACGAUCAAGAUCAGGACGUUGAUAGUAUAUGUGGGAGCCAUUUAGGCAUGCAAAAUUCACCAUCAAAGUUUGAAGAUGAUGGCGAAAGCGACGAUCAAGAUCGGGAUGUUGGUAGUAUGUGCGGAAGCCGUUUAGGCAUGCAAAACUCAUCACCAAAGCUUGAAGAUGAUAUCGAAUUGGAUGAUGAUAAUUCAUUGUGCAGUGGCGCAAUACCUAUUGGAACCAAAAAUAAAGAAACCGAAAGCUUGAAUUUAGGUACAAGUAGCGGGACAUCCGGAAUAGGAACCUCAGUUGAAGAGAACGAAUUGCUUCCAAGCGCCGAAGAGUCGUCGGACAUGGAACGAGAAGUUGAUAAGGAAUAUUUAGACUACGUCAAACCAAGUGAAGAAGUUUGUGAAAAUAAGAGAAGAAGAGUUCAAACAGCAAGCUAUUCUUCUUAUACUAAGGCGAUGAAGGAGCAAGUAUCAACUCUCCCCCUGCCGCCUUUAUUGCAGAAUUAUGUAGUGUUUUAUCGUUAA